AUGACUACUGCGGAUCUUCAAUCAAGAGUCGUUCCUACAGAGGAAUUUCCUGAACACCUGUUGUCUAACAUAUUUUUAAGGAGAAGUACUGAUAUCUUUUGUGCUCCACACUUUGUGGAACAUAUAACUCAAGCUCUGCUGUAUGCUGUUGACAUCCAAGCUGCUACUGUUAUUUUGAGCAGCGACGGAAGAUACCGUAGCAGAGAAGCGAUGGAAAGAGCAGCUCGAAUUUUAGCCGGAAAUUCAGUGCGUCGAGUCUUGGUGGACAAGCACUCUUCGUCAAGCGCCGUAGGCUGCCUCCUGAGAGCAAGGCAUAGCCACUUUGCCAUCAUCUUCUCCGGUGGACACCAUCCUGCUAAGGAAUAUCUCGGCAUGAAGGUUUUGAGUCCACCUGGAAUUCCAAUGCGCAAGGAAGUUUUAGAUAAAGCUAACAAGAUAGCUCGCACCUUGGAAAGUUACCACACUUGCGAGAAUCUCAGCGUCGAUUUUGAAGGGAAUGUGACAGCGAAUUAUUGUGUCUCGGAGAAACCUUUCACUGUACAAAUGGUGUCUUCUGCUCCACUUUAUGCUGAAGUCAUGAGUCAGAUGUUUCAUUUUACUUCGCUGAAGAAUUAUCUGAAGAAAAAUUCAAUAACGAUCACUGUCGACUGUUCGAAUGGUGUGACAGGUCCGAUUGUAUUGGAUAUUUUGAGAAACCGAUUGGAAGUUCCUGAAAAGAACAUUCUGCACAAAAAUUCGCUCGAAGAUUUUGGGGGUUUACCGGCAGAUCCGAAUCCAUCUUCCAGAGAAGAUUUCUUGGAGUUUAUCAGUGAGAAUAAAAGUGACAUUGGGAUCGUCAUCAGUCCCGAUGGAAGCCGCUAUUUGAUGGUCGGAGAAGGUGGAUUCAUUGUCUCUCCUUCGGACACUUUGGCCAUCAUCGCUGACCAGAGCUUGUGCAUUCCGUUUUUCCAAGAGAACCCUCUGAGAGUAAUGGUGUGCAGCAUCUGUACCUCUCAAGCACCUGACAAAGUUGCGAAGUAUUCUUCCUUGCUGUGUUUCGUAGACCUACCAGGUUGGGCGACUUUUGCCCCUGCCAUGCUGCCUGCUGCAAACAAUUCCAUGGUGUUUGGAGAAGAAUGCUCGGCGGUGGGAGUGAGUUCUUGCAACUAUUCUGGUCAUAAAGAUGCGGUUUGGACUUUGUUAGCUUGGUUAUCCAUUUUAGCGAAUACGAGGAAAAGUAUCAAAGAAGUCGUGCAGGAACAUUGGAAAAAAUUUGGAAGAAACAUUCUGAAUAGGUUGUAA